AUGAUAGGACAUGAGUUUGAUGAAGAAGAGGAGGGGCAUGAUUGCAAUAAUGAUGUUAAUGAUAAUGGUGAUGAUGACGAUGAUGAUAAUGGUGAUGGUGGUGAUGACAACGAUGUUAGUAAUGAACGUUUGAAUAAUAUUGCCCCAAACUAUGGUGAUACAUCAAACUGUGAUAUCCGUAUAUCGCAUGCCCUGGACAAGAGUGAGAUCUAA